AUGAAGUUCGCCUCCUUCCAAGAGGCUCGCAGAUGGCUGGAGAGUGACCAUCCGUUCAAGCAACACGACUUUCUCGGGCAGGUGGAAGUCUACUUGAUGCCCUUGACCAAACAGGAGAUGAGCCACAAAGGUAAACAAAAAGGAGGGUACAUAUAAGCCUCAUUAAACCUCCUUACUCAUUCCGUCCUUGCUAUUCCACUGAGACAAGAACUUUAUUCACGUGAAGUUUCGGACCCGUGUUCAAACCCGUAGUCAGAAGCGGCAUCCUAUACGGGUACUCCAAUACCCAAGGGUUUGCAGUAUUUAUACGAUGCAGUCGCUAUGCUGCCGCAUACAUAUGAAGAGUAACGGCAACCAACUCAUGACAUAUGGUUGCUUUUUGUGCGAUAAUGGUUUGGUGACCGGCAUUCGAGUUGUUAAUCGUCGCAAUUUCAUAACCCGUGUUGGAUGUUGGCUCAUCGACAGGGGCACUGGUAAUAGUGUUAGGCUACGCGCUUCCAGUGUGCUUACAUACUCCGUCAAACUAUUCUGGCGCGGAGUAUGAAGUUAGCGGUUCAUUGCACUGUUAAUAGACUGAGAGGCCUAAAGGUCUGUAAGCGUCUGCCAUGCCAGUAUCAGCAAGCCAUGGUCCAAGCAGCCUGCUAUGCGCUGGCAGUUCCCUAACACCUGGUUCCCUGCCGGUAGAUGCGCUUGAGCUCCCGCUGGGUAUACAGGCGAAUAAAUUUCUUGUUCCAGCGAUUGCGUUCACUUCUCAGAAUGAAAGUAAAAGAAUUCUCCUCGUCACCUUAGUAGAAAUAGUAAGUAUCAGCCCAAUACUUGACUUCAUUGCCGCCAUUACCACUGCUACCACCACCGCCGCCGCCGCCGCCACCGCCGCCACCGCCACCGCCACCACCACCACCACCACCACCACCACCAUCACCGUCUCAACGUAUUUGCUAGUGUAAUCCUGCUCUUUUCUACCUCCUCGUCAUUUAUAUUAUUUUUGUUACUAGCAUCUUCAAUUUUGCCAAUAGCAGCAUCACCCAUAGCGGUAUUAUUACUGUCACCACUGUCGUUACCCAAAAAAUUAUUCCUGCACUGAUCAAUAUCGUUUCCAGUGUCAUUAACGAAGCUGCCGUUUUACGAUUCGGCCUGCAGGCUAUCCGAUUAUCCACAUCUUCAAUCAACAUGUCAGCUUCAAGGAUGUCUUUGAGACGAAACUGCUCCCUGAGAUGGAAAAAAUCGUGCAUCACUACGGCGGCGUCCCGCUUGUGGUGAGUCAGAACGAGCCCCUCAAAUGGCGCGGCGUUGAACCGCCCGGAGCGAUUAUAAUCAACCAAUGGCCGAAUUGGGAGGCUUAUGACCGCUUCAACGCCUCGGGUAAGCCUUUGCCAGGUGGUAAGGACCCACCUAUAACACUCACCACCUCCAAACCGGAGUUCCAAAAAGCCUAGUUCGGAUUUCGAACAUUUCGGGAAGUCUGGUGAAUUGAUCAACAAUUGCAUACUACUAACUGCCUGUUGGCAGCUAGUGAAUAUCCCGCGGUUAUUUCACUGAAUCUACUGCAUUUUAGUUAAUUUAUUCAGACCGAGCCUGAAAAGGUUUGUCCUGAAGACUAAAAAGUUUACAGUAAGCACAUGGAGGACGCUGAGGGGGAACCCACUGAUGAGCCGAACCCCUAGCAGCUAUGUCAUGCAACGGCAGAAUACCGGCGAAGCCCGCGUGUCUGGACUUUUAGCUAGUACCCAUCCUGGGAGUCCGGCGGAUCAGUCAAUAACCGCAUGAGAAUAAUCGAAGGGUUUGCCGGGAGCCCCAAAACAAAAUGGAAUACACAUAUUCCUCACGUGCCUCACGACUCAGCGUGUAGCCACGGCUAAAAGACAGAACGCUAGACUUAAUACGCGCUUCAUCCUAGUUCAAACUCCAUAUUCCCUGUCUGGACUUUUGGGCAUACAAGCUACUGAUGCUGAAUGAAGCAGGAACGGUCACGAAAAUUGUCCCCGUUUUUGGUGCUCGUAGCUAGGCGAGUUAUAGGGAAGGCUCUCGGAGGUUCGGAGCAAAUCCGGACGUUCAAAUUCCGCUCCUCAGUCGUCCAGCUGGGACCGAGAUGCUUAAAACCUAGGUAGGUUAAGCGUUCGUGUUACUUGGCCAUGAUUCCAAGUAAAGGGGCUUUUAUCAGACGGUUCUGGGGGAGUUAUUCGUUUGUUUUACACAAAACACUCUCGACCGACUAUUGCUGUCUGUCCUGAGUUAGUACAUCGUCGAUGGGGCGCCAGUGUACUGCUCCACCCUAGGUAUUUAACUACACCCUCGAGUUUCUUGGUGGAAUGACUUCGUAAAGUAUAUCUGAAGUCAUAAAAUGAGUAUCGACAAAAACAAUGGGAACCGAGAUGACUAUUUCUAACCUAUAAGCCACCGUCAGCCAACCGUAUCCAACUCCAGGUAUAGAUGACCUGGGGUUCGAACCCGUAUUCUCCGGUCCUUGAACUGAUUCCCUAACAUUGGACCGCGGGCCCGUUGUCCUGUCGCUUGUGCUCGAGAGUUUUCCCACGCAGACUACUAGUCAUUGACUCUAGCUUGGACCUAAGAUUCAACGGGACGAGCACAUCCUGUAACCUGGUCGGCGAACCUCCUUCCCACGGCACGUUUAAGUGGUGAAUCAAACAACGGUUACAUACUACUGACUGCCUGUUAGUAGCUCGUGAAUAAUACGCGGUUAUUCCGCUGAAUAUGCUGCAUUUUAGCUCACUUAUUCAGUGGCAGAGGGGCGCUCACUGAUCAUGUUACGGAACACUUGUUGUUGUUGUUGUUGUCGGUACCAUUCUGCCUAUAUCAUUUAUUCAUACCCAGCUGAAGAAGGUUCGUUCCGAUGGAAUUACUCCAAGUUAGCGCAUUAAUUUAUGGGGAGAUUAAAAGUUGAUAGUUCGAAACUGGAGUAUUCAUUAGUAAGCACACAGAGAACGCGGGGGGACCCACCGAUGAGCCGAGCCUCUCGAGCAAUGCGUCAUGCAGAGGCACUACCGGCGAACCACGUGUGUCCGGUCGAAAUUGUUCCUGCAUAUACUACUGGUCAUCGUAAGACAACCUGCGAUGGCUUCAGCUUGAACCCCAAGUCUCGAUGGGCAGAAAGGUUCUGUAGCCUGAUCGGUGAAUCCCCUUCCCACAGUGCGCUUAUUCCAUCUUUAAGGUUGCAUCUGAGAUCUUUUAAUGGAGCGUAACGCACAUGACCUCAUCCCGUCGGAAGUUACCAUAGCAGCUCGACGCUGAAUUUCAACGCAAGCCUUCAUAUUACAUCCGCCAGGCAGUGAUAGACUUCGCGAGACUGAAAACCCGUUUGCCGUCAUUCCAUCCCAGGCAUAAACCAAACGUCCUGGCAUCAUAUAGGCCGAUUUUCCGCGGUCGCACUACGCAGCUAUGACAGGGUUGUUUACUGUCGAGGUUGGCAAAUGUAAACAGUUCGCAAGUCGCCCACGGAAGUUUGAGGUUUUCGGCCUAAGCCGACAGUUGCUAGCUUAUCUGCCAUUGUUAGUCAAUCUUAAUUACAUAUGAUCAUCGGCAACAGUAGAGCUAAAGACUCACGUCAUGUGGAAAGUGAGAUCGAUAUAAUUCACGUAGGAUUAACUUUCAUCCGUAUAAUCUGGUUUCAAAGUAAAAGACGAACUUGGGACAUGGCUGACUGCCGAAACGAUAAGAUCAUGUUUAUGCUUUUGGUUAGUGCCGGUACUCAGGUCUUAAUUCCUUUUAAACCCCCAUUAAACAUCAACAAGGAAUAAGCUCAGGUGCCUUUUUGACUACUUAAAUUUAUCUGAAUUUUCCGGCAUAAUUUCAUGCGAUAGUUUGACUGUCGGUUUCGACGAUGUCCACCGUGUGCUCCACAGCAGGGCAGGAGCAGGGACGGUGACUUGUGCGUGAAUUAUUCUAUGGUGAAUGAAGACUUGCACAGCAUCUACCGCACUCUCUCCUCCUCCCCCAUCUGAACCCCGUGUCAAGACAGAGUUAAGAAGAUCAGAAGUAGGUGAGGAUGCAGGUGGCUGGCACGGUCGAGCCUGCACCUUGGGACUCCACUCCGCACCCCCUGGUCCACACAGCAGAUGACCAGGUUUUUGACCAGCAACAAUAAUGGGGGCGGGGCGGCAGGGGUUCCAGAGUGCGCGACGUCUACCGACAACCGGGUCUGCGACCGCACACCAAAAUGUUGGCAUUUGUUAUGGUGCGCAAAUCCGAUAACGCCUGCCCCCAUGCUGGCCUAGCGUGGCCCGUUUGGAGGCACAUACACAACGCAUGCGACGGUUCGAGUGUCGUCAGUAACGAUGUCCACUGUGUACUUCACAGUAGGGUGAGAAUUGGGACAGUGACUUACGCACGAAAUCUUUUAUAGUGAUGGCAGACUUCAUCAGCAUCGGAUCCGAUCCAAACCGGCGCGAUCUGAGACUGCACGUGGGCGUGCUGCCAUACUUCGAAUAUUGACAUCUAUUAUGGGUGUGCUUUCCCAAUAACUCCGUUCGUACCCCUUCUACCGCGUGGCCCGGUUCGCGCGCGCUGUCCUGAUAGCGUAACUGUGUGAUACCUACAGAACGCAGUAUCCUUGACGUAUUAAUUCCCCAAAUUACUUGUUUUUCAAUCAAUGCUGAGGGAGCCCUAUUGCUACUUAGGCAGAUCUGGUCGCAUCCACAUCGGCCUGCUAAACGAGCUCUGCCCUCGAUGUUCAUCUGAAUUACCGUGCGAUUUUCUCCAACUUAAUUUGUCAGCCCACAUCGAACCCAAAGCUAUUGUCUGUAUUUUAAUUUUCACUCCAACCGUUUUCUCGUUGACAAGACACGUACAAAUACACACAAAAUUCUAGGUAGAAUAGCACUGCCGAUAAAGACGAGGGAGACUGCAAUGGUUAUUUCUGGCUUAGUAGUCGUCGUCAGCCAUUCCAGUCUCCCUUGUCUUUGUCGGUAAUAACAUACUGCCUAUAUUUCAUGCGCCGUUGUGCGGCUGCUGGGUGGGUUCGAGCGAGAGCCCGUAAGGCACAACGGAACGAGUGAGUUCCGUAAGGACGAUCGGUGAGCGGCCCCUACCGUUGUAUAUUUCCGAUCGAAAACCGACAGGGCAACGGGCUCGUGGCGCAGUGGUUAGAGGCGUGGACUUCUAACUAACAGGUCGCGAAUUCGAGCCUCGGGUGUUCCACACUUCGGGGUUGGGUAUGAUUGGCUGACGACGUCUAACAAGCCAGAAAUGGCCAUUCCAGUCUCCCUUGUCUUUGUCGGUAUUAUCAUUCUGCUUAUAUCAUGCGCCUCUGUGCGGCUACUGGUUGGACUCGAGAGAGAGCUCUAAGACACAACUGGAUUUCAGUUCUUUUGGUAAGGAUAAUUGGCAAAGCCUUUGAAAACCCUAUUGAUUACAUGUUAGCUCGUUAGAAAUAACUGUACACGGACAAUAAAACAAUUCGCUAUUAAAACAGUACUUGGUUCAUUUGAGUAGCAUUGUUUCAGAGAAAAUAGUUGUGUGGACGUGGGGUCUUAGUUCAGAUUCAGACUGUCGAGGGAAAACAGGGGACACAAAUAAUCAUCCAAGCGUUUCAUGAAGAGUUGCAGAGACGUUGCCUCCACGACUGACUGAGGGAGAUCGUUCCAUUUCUCCACUACCCUCUGCGUGAAAAAUUCAGAACGAAGAUCUAGCCUGAACAUUGUUGUUCGUAACUCCAUCGAGUGACCACGAAGAUUGGGUGAAAGGUGCCACUGAAACAUGUCCUCAAAUUGAGGGAGUUCCGUAGGAACGACCGGUGAGCGCCCCUCUACCAAAAUUCAACAGGUGAAUACAACUUCUGCGUGCCCUGUUUCCCGACACGACAUGUUUAUUGUUCAAAUAUGAGUCAUGUCUCUCAGUGCUGUUUGGACUCCUUUCAGAUGAUCGCAAGAAGUUGAACGAGCUCUGCAAGUCCAUCGGAAAUGGAUACGAAAUUUGCGCGGAACUGGAGGUUACUAUGUAGAGAAUUGUGCACCCUCACUCACGCUACCCUCGUCGUUUUAAAGUGACUCCCGAGUGCAGUAAAAUCUCACUGUUUUAGUUUCAAUUAUAUUAUUUUUGCCGAACACUUGUUUCUGCACUUCUAAAAACGUUGACUUUGUUUUGAAUGCUGGAAGCAAGAAAAAGUCGAUUCGGCCGCGUAUUAAAAGUGAUGUUCUUGUUUGAAAGGACCACCUAGUCCCGGGCCUUUACACAGUAUUGAUUGUUACGAAAUCGGAGAAGAUAUCCUGGAGAAUGACGUAUCACAGUUUGAGCAGUAACCUGUAGCACAUUGCUUUCAUAUCUUCCCCUUGGUCAUUGUGAAGACGGCGCUGCUGACUGUCUAAACGAUUGUACUAUCGAAGAAAUUUCGGGCAACCAUCCGCAGGCCUAAAUAAUCCAAUCAGGAAAGAGAAAUGUAGGCUGCAGUAGUUAAGAUAACUGACAUAAUCUGGUUCCCACAAUCAGAAAGUCUAGUUUUGUUUAAUAGAAGUUUAUAAGUGGCAUCUUAUGAGCGGAUUGGUGCUGUACAGAAGGAUUUGAGCGUAGUGGCAGCAAACGGUGUGGGUCGGCUGUUCGUUAACAGUCUGCGCCAGCCGGUCAAGGUCGGUAACGAUUGAUAAGCCCGCGAGAUCAAAUGUUACCGUGUAGAUCUCGCCAACCUAAGACGGGCGAACAGUAGAUCGACUAAUGAAACUGUGCGACCGGUACAUACAUAGGGCCUGGUUUGUACAUCAGUUCUGAUAGCUUGCUUGUAAUGUGUGCUAGGUCUUCUGGUCAAUAUACGUCUGCGCUUUGGUACGUUGUGCUGAAAGAUAGGUGUGUCCCUCUCAGUGAAGUCUGAAUUAGCAGGGAGUUUUGCUAUCGUCAGGACGUCAUAACGUGGUUGAGCAUGCUGAACACCUAGGUUUUAAUCGACAUAUGAAGGGGGUCCACAUCUACCCGGGAUUGCGACAACACGUUGACAGUCACGUACUCCACUCUGGGGGCAGGCUUAACGGGGCGGGAAGAGAUGCGGGGUGUUGCCUUUCGACUGUCGUCAGCCUGGUUCACGUCGGGGUCACCGUUUUGGGACUUGAGGUAGAGCGAUAGACAGCAACCGUUCGCGACUAAAUCUAAGUUCUUUGAGACUUCAGAAGCCCUAAGAAGGCCCACUUUUGACGAGUUGCUGUCGUUAAGCGCGGUAUAAAUGUGAGGCCGAAGAGCCCGGUUAGUCGAACGGGUGUUUCCAGGUAUCGUGCUCAACGUGUUCAUGCGUGCAGUUUAAAGGGAGAAAUACACAGAAAUCCUAUGUUGCAUACCAGCGCUCUUUUCAUCAUAAGAAAUCUAAAGUGAGUAGCUAUUAGGCAAGCAAGAUAUCGCGACCCGGAAGUCUGGCAACCAGCGGGCUUUCCCGGUCAUCCUCAUGAUCGAGGGUCAGACUGCAGUGACGACCUAUUAAGGUGACCUUCAGGACAAUUACCGCCCCUACGAGAUUUGAGCCCGUAUGUAGCAUAAUAUAGACGCAACUUCUAACUACGUAGGUCUCUGUGUCCACUGUCAUUCUCGGUGGGAUUGACUCAUAGGAAGGAAGAGUGAACUCAGACCAUUUCUGAUCUAAUGUGCAAUUACUUGCUAUAAACAAGCAAAGCCACACUAAAAUUAUAACGGUGGUCUAAAGGUCGUAAUUUAGAAGGCUACCUACUCAGGGCCGACAUUAAGGUUACAGCAGCGGCUAUUUAAUCUGCAUGAAACCAGGUACCCUGUCCCGAAAGUAGACUGACAAAUAUGAAGAACCAGGGUUGGAUGUCUGUUUUGUUUUGGCAGUCACCGCACCUGGGAUCUGCUCGGUUGUCUUGACAUUGUACCGUCAUAGGAGCGCGUGAGAUUUGUACAUAACAAGCCUGCGUUAUUUGGUGGUUCUCAUCGCUUCCGGUGAUCCCGUGGACGCGUUUGGGCUUGCGAGUUGUUUUAACUGGAGUAUAAAAUUGAGACACACAGAAAACUCGGUCGAGUGGUUCGGCUUGCCGCUACAGAGGUGCUUACGUGGUCCAGGGUGGCAGCGCGCAGACCAUGUGACGCAAUGCAUCGUGUGAUAGGGUGUCCUGUCCAUCUCGAUGAGGGGUGUCCUGACGUUCAGAAAGUAUAUGGUUCUUGCGUUGCCCACCCGAAGCGAGUCAGGUCGUCAAACAUCAAACUAAGUUCAGUCAGGCUUGCUGAGUGAAACAUGCCCUUGAACUUCUAGGCUAAUUAUUCACGGCCAUUUUUAUAGGGAUACAAACUGACAGACAUUGUUAAGGUAAAGCUAACCAGGUUGGAGGCGCGAACUCGGGCAUUCCGGUGGGUGUGACUGCGUUCUGUCCAGUACAGAACUCGCUAACACAGUGUACACGUAAACUUAGGAUCUUGUCGAAUAAUGGAUCACAUUAUCAAGGAACGACAAAUUCGAUGCUGUAUCCCAAAGUUACCAGUGGUCUGCAAGUAAGCCAGGUCGACCUUUUACGUCCAGGUGGCAGCGUUUAUGGAGUUGUUUAGGAGUAUUUCAGUUCUUUAGCGCGGCUGUGUACGCAAUAACGAAGCACGGCUAAUUGAAAACGUCCGCCUCUUAACCUCAUGUAUGAUAAUGGGGUAAAAGCAGAUAAACAAGACAUUAUCCGCCACCCACACAAGCAAUUUCAGCUGCUUGCACAGGGAAGUGCAAAGGAGGGACGAAACAAAGGAUAAAAAAUGAACGGUUUGAUUUAGGGGAGCGUGAAUGUUACAAUGAGCGCAGGCGAAACAGUCAACGGCUCCAUCGCCACGUUCAAGAAAAAAAUUCUUUCUUGUUUCCAGUCCUUCUCGCAGUGUGUAUUCUCUGAAGGCACGACGAUGAAUGUUAACAUAACAGCUUAUCGCUAAACCAUUUCAGAUAAGUCGAGAUAAGUCGACAGCUUUCUUCGAGUAGGAAAAUUAGCAGGCCAUUUGUGCCAACUCCCCUCAGUUUUCCCGACCUAGACCUAAAGCUCGUCUGUUCGCAGUCUUGGCGGUGGGACUGGGAAAUAACGACCUCCAUCGAAAUGAUAAAGGUUAAGGAGUGCGUACUUGCUUUUGCCAAAGUAGGUCAGCAAUUAUUUUGAGUUAGUGAACGAAACCAAGUACUCAUCAAGAAAGGUCUCCCGUCAUUAGACAUCUUGUCUUUGGACAUUCCUUAUACAUUUCCUUCCUUCUUUGUUAUCACACGUUUUGUGAAUCUGGGGGUCUUUAAGCACUAAAGUUUAAACAACCCAGGAUGCACCAAAAAUUGCCACUUAACACUAAGGGGACUCAGCUCAUUUUCAUGUCGACCACUACUGUAAGGCUCUCUCGAUGGUUGGAGGGAUGCUAAUGGCAAAGGAAAAAAAAUAUUCUGCUCCAAUUUUUCCAACACACCCUCAAAUGGAAUUCUGGAGUCAUUUACGUGAGCCUCAGAAGUCGGGCUCGCAGGUUACUCUUGGAUUUUUGAAUCGAAGACUUAAGUCAAUGCGGGUUCACGCAAAAUCUUAAAGAGAUAAAUUGACAAAACUGAAGUCUAGGUAAAGUCUAUAAAAAGAAUCACUGCCACCAUCGCUAUAAAUUAACUUAAAAGCCAUAUUUCUCUCUAAUGCUUAAACCGAUGUCUCAGAACUGCUCACUUCAUCCUUUUAGCUGUAUUUUAAAUGACAGGCAAAUGGCUUAACAUUCAUCGCGUGCUAAAUGAUAUCAUCGGCGAGAACACCCAAUGAUAACUUCGAUCCCUCUCAUCUGUUUCUUUCAGCAUCGGAAAUUCGCUAACUUGGUGCCUGGGUUUUUAGUUCGUACCGGCAUCGAGGGUAUGGCGAAGCAACUUAAUGUGUAUGUCGCCGCCACCGAUGUCGCCGAUACCGCCGACAAAAAAGCCCCCGUUGAGAACCGACGGUGCCAACUGCCGGACACAGUCCAGUCGACGGCCCUGACUGUCGUUGGUCGCGCACGUCGACAAAACCAGGACUAGCUCAACAACAGCGAAGCUGCCAUCAGAAAUCUGCUCGUCUAGAAGAACCGCCAGCACAAAGCCUACGUCAACCGCCCCACUGAUGACAACAAAGCAGCUUUCUACCGUAGUCGCCGACUUGUGCAACGGUGGCUGCAGGAGAUGCAGGACGCUUGGACUGCUCGCAAGGCCGAGGAGAUCCAAGGAUACGCGGACCGCAACGAAUGGAAGAAUUUCUUCUCCGCGACCAAAGCGGUCUAUGGUCCGCCAACCAAAGUAACUGCUCCUCUUCUCAGCGCCAACGGAAGCACCCUACUCACCGAAAAGACACAAGUCUUACCGCAAUGGGCCAAACACUCCAAAGGCGUCCUCAACCGACCCUCCACCAUCUUCGACGCCGCCACCGCCCGUCUGCUUCAAGUGAAGACCAGCGUUGUCCCCGAUCUUCCGCCUUCUCUCCACGAAACCAUCAGGGCCAUGCAGCAGUUCUCAAGCGGGGAGGCGCCGGAUCGGACGCGAUCCCUGCUGAGAUCUACAAGCACAGUGCUCUCCGACUCACGGAUUUUCUGUCGGCGCUCUUCAAGAAGGUGUGGCGUCGAGAAGAAGUCCUGCAGGAUUUCAAGGACGCCACAAUCGUCCACCUCUACGAGUGCAAAGAGAGCCGCCUUAUCUGCGACAACCACAGAGGAAUUUCCCUGUUGAACAUAGCUGGGAAGAUCUUCACUCGCGUUAUUCUCAAAUGCCUGAACCACCAUCUGGAAUAG